UAUUUAUGGCUGAAAUCUGAGGAAGAAUUUAUCAAAUCGUUAAAGGGAAUAAGGAUAUGAUGAGUGAUACCUAGGAAGGGGACAAGAAACUUUCUAAAAAUUUAUUCUUUCAUGAUUUCUGUAAUUUUUUUCAGUAAAAAUUAUAAAAUUAAGCUUACUUGUUUGCUCCUAUUCUGUUUCAAUGCAAAGUUAAUAAUUUUUUUUUUAUGGAGAAUAAAUUUAUUUGUAGAAUUUCUUUCUUGCAGUGAUGGUUUGGGUUGCAAUUUUGGUAUUUGUUGAUUGAUUCUAAUGUUUUCUGUGUGGGUAAAAAAAGAUGCUGGGAUAGCUUUUUUGUUUUAAGGCUGUAAACUGUUGAAUUUAUGGAAAAUUAGGUUUUCAUUGAACUUUUUUACAGUAGUUGAUCCGUCAUUGUGGGUGUCAGUCAGGGACCUACUUUGUGGGAUUGCCCAGAUAAUUGAAUGUGAAUUAUUGAAUGUGUGAAGGUUUUUACAGUACGGUAUGGCAAAUAAAAUUAAAACGUGAAUUUUCUUUGUUUUUUUUUCAUCUACUUGAAUACCAUUACUGCUUCCUAGAAUUAUUGGAGAGAGAGCCGUCUGUUAAUGCUGUGAAAACGGGAUACUUAGUUUCAGAUGGUUGAUAGCUAAGGUUAAAUAAAUUCUUGUAGGAGUUUGGUGGUGGGUGCAAGUGUUGCAGGUUUACAGAACACUUAAAUAAUUUUACUUGGGAUUGAAGUGAUACUUAUUAUCUUAAUGAUUUAGGCUUACAUAUGUGCAAGAGCGAAUAGAGAGUUUGUUUUAUAUUAUAAUGUCAGCUUGUUUGUGUUAGCUAUAUUGAAGGGAGGAGAAAAGCUGUUCUGCUAUUCUUGUUCUGAAUUCGUAAGGUCGAAACUAUGAUCUUUUUGAUGUCUUUGCUUAUGUUGUCUGUUUUAGAAGGACGGAGAUUGAUACGUGCGUAAAAAUUGCUCGGCUUGAGAAGUGAUUGCUUGUUUAGUUGAACCUCUCUGGUACACUGGUAGCAAAUUUUGAGUGAAGUGGAUUCAAAGUGGCAUUUGUAAACCUCUUUAGUGUAAAAUUGGGAAGGAGUGGUCAAACUAUUGUUUUGUUAAAGUGGAUUGACAAUUUUCUAAUUUGCCCCUCUCUAGUUCUGAGAAAGAGAGAUGGUUGGGUUCUGAUGCAGUGAGAUUUAGAGGUAAGUUUUUUUUUUUUUUUUUCUUGAUAUACCAUGAUUAACUUUGCUUUCUUUUGCAUUUUAUGUUUGUAUACGGAGUCCACAAAUGGUCUCCUUCGUAUAUAGAGUUACUGAAUUUAGCAUUACUGAAUUUUUUUUUUCUAAUUUAUUUCUUCCAUGAAUUGAACAAGCCUCAAGGUUAUUUUUUCAGGAUCUGGUGACAAGUUUAUAUGAAGAAGAUUUUGUGAAGUGUUCUAUAAGUUCUAUCUCUCUGAUGGAGUGGAAUGCCAAAACCCCCUUGCAAUGGCACUGUGAAAACCUAAUGAUGUUAAAUGCGACACCAAAAGAAAUUCCAAGGAAGCUAAGACCAGUAGAGUGGGAUAUUGAUGGAGAGGGAGGAAUGGACUCUGGUUCUCUCUAUUCUUCUGUUGCUGCUGGAGGUAUUUGUGGUUCUGGCUCAGAUUUGGGCCUUGCUUCUUUGUCGAAAAAUUCAAAAUCAGCAUCCAUUAAUUCUUCAUCUAUGGGGGAGAUAAGAGCAACUAAAUUGACUUCGGAGUCCUUUGAAGCUAUCCCAGAUGAUAGUAGCAACAAGAAAGAAGCUUCCAAGGUUGAGCCAACAGGUACUUCCCCAACACUUGAGGUUUCGGUUGGCUCUGGUGAGCCAUUGCUGAGUUUAAAGCUUGGUAAGCGAACAUACUUCGAAGAUGUUUGUGCUGGAAACAAUGCUAGGAAUUCGUCUUAUUCUGCCACUCCUGGACCAUCUCCUACCUCAGCAAAGAGAUCCAAACCCAGUUGUCGGGACACGCAUGUUCAGCGUUGCCAAGUCGAAGGCUGUAACCUUGACCUCUCUUCAGCUAAGGAUUACCAUCGGAAACACAGAGUUUGUGAAAGUCAUUCAAAGAGUCCAAAGGUCAUUGUAGGUGGUCUGGAAUGCCGGUUCUGCCAGCAGUGUAGCAGGUUCCAUGCGCUGUCAGAGUUUGAUGAAAAGAAGCGAAGCUGUCGCAGACGCCUUUCUGACCACAAUGCCAGGCGCCGCAAACCACAGGUAGAAGCAGCCCACUUCAAUGCUGCAAGGCUUUCGUCAUCAUCAUAUGAUGGGAAGCAACAGAUGAGUUUUGUCUGGAACAAAGUGCCAUCUCUUUAUAAUGCUAAACCCUAUGAGAAUUUUACAUGGGAAGACAUAAUUGGCUCCAAGCCCUCUCUAAUGAAAGGCUGUACACCUACAAAAGUUGGAAAUGUCAAUGGACAGCUGCAACUGCCUGGCAAUCAGCCUUUUAAUUCCAUCAAAAUGCGAUGUCAUGAUUCCAAUAGAUUCCUGCCUGCCAAGGGCUGGCAUAACACAGCUGAGGUUCUCAACCAAGGUGUAGAAGAAUCCACAGUUAUGGGUACGACGCAAGAACUUCAUCGUGCUCUCUCUCUUCUGUCAAAUGAUUCCUGUGUUUCUUGUGGGCCAAAACAUGGUUCACUUGCCUACUCCAUGCAUGUUAAUCCUGCCAGCAUGUCUCAGCCAGCAAUGAAUGCAAUUUCACGAGGUUUUCCACGUGCGUUAUCUGAAAACUGGCAGAUGGAACAACAAACAACCGGUUCCCAAGUGCAUACAGCCUUGCAUAGUGAUAGUGAAAAUCAUUUCCAAGAGUUCCAGCUGCUCAUGGCUCCACAUUAUAGUGCCUUCUAUUCCAAUCAUAUGAACUGACUGCACAAAUUCAAUUAACUUUCUUGUUCAACUUGAUGAGUUUACUGGUCAAGAUAUGUAAGUUCAACAAAUCUAGUACGGAGUUUUUCGUAAUUUGGAAUUGCUAAGUCCCAUUGAAGUCAAUUCAUGCUUAAAUAUUGUGUGCACCGCAAAUAACCGACGUAAAUCCACGUCCAAGGUACAUUUUCAUUGUUAAAAUGUCACGAGAGGGAGUCAUAAUCCAUGUAAUGUAAACGAUUCAUUGACGUUCGGAAACGUUCAAACCAGAGCACGUCAGCGAAAAGAAAUGGUCCAAAUUAUAUUGGUUCAUCGUUUAAAAACAGGACUGGACAAUCGAUGAGGGAAGCCACUUUCACUAGUGUAUUGAUACCUGAUGAACAUGCCUGCUAUGAGAUUAAUAGCCGGUACUUGCAUGCCUGCUAUGAAGUUGAUUAUUGGUUCAUUGCGGCUGCUUUGUGGAGCAACUCUUCUUGUCGCCUCGGCAGGUGUCGGGUGGUAUAGGAUGUGGGCACAGAAUUGCUUGGUUGAUGAUGGGGCAAAGAUCUUGCAAAAGAUCCCUUUAGGCAACGACAUUUUCCCCUUCUCCUCAAAGAUUUGUUGUUUACUAUUGAACUACAAUCAAGGGCAAAUUCUUUGAAAUUUUUUACCUUUUUCUUCAAAUUUUAGUUGCAGGAAAUGUGAAAAAGAGUUGUGUUGCAAGUAUUGACUUAUCUGUAUAUGGUUUAUAUCCGCAAUCAAGAACACCCCUAGUUUCACUCACAAUCUUGGUGUCGCA